AUGAACCAGAUGCAAUCGUACCCUGACGUGCAUCAAUCGCAAAUGUCUGCUGCAACUGCUCACGCUCCGGCCUCUGCGCCGCCUGGGAGUCUCUCGCACUACUCGUAUCAGACAGGGCCUUCAAUGAUACCCCCCGUCCAGCAGUAUGCAUCCGGUCCUCCCGGUUAUCCAGCCUAUGGCUAUCCAAACGGCGUUCCUUCGCAGCUGCCUGCAUCGUCAUCUAUGAGCAACGCACUUGUGCCGCAGUCAAUCCAGCUUCCGGCAAUGGCACCAGCUGCGCCUCCCUCAUCACUUCCUGGGUCGCAAAGCUACCAAACCCAUACGUUUGACCACACAGGCCAGAUCGCGCCUCCAGGGAUGAAACCCCGUGUCACUGCAACCCUAUGGGAAGACGAGGGAAGUCUUUGCUUUCAAGUGGAGGCCAAGGGCGUAUGUGUUGCCCGACGUGAAGACAAUCAUAUGAUCAACGGCACCAAGCUGCUGAACGUUGCAGGCAUGACGCGAGGACGCCGAGAUGGCAUCCUUAAAAGCGAAAAGACUAGGCAUGUCGUUAAGAUAGGGCCGAUGCAUUUGAAGGGUGUAUGGAUUCCCUUCGAACGCGCACUGGAAUUCGCGAACAAGGAGAAGAUCACAGAACAGCUGUAUCCACUCUUCGUUCACGAUAUUGGAGCGUUGCUCUAUCAUCCCUCAAACCAGACGAGGGCAAGCGUAGGCGGCGCCGCUAUGGCUGCUGUGGAUCGCACUCGCAGACCUGACCCGAUGCAGACAAAUCGCUAUCUGACCGGCCCUACAACCUCCCAGCCUCCGUCGCUUCAUCACCAUCACUCGAUGACCAAUCCUGUGGGAGCGGCAAUGUCCCAACCUCCCCAUGCUAUCCAACCCCACCCAUCGUCAGGGCGCCCGGGUAUUGAUCGGGCUCACACGUUCCCCACUCCCCCCACGAGUGCGUCGAGCAUCAUGGGUAUGGGCAACCAAGGUAGUUCUUACGAGUGGAGUGGUGCCAACGUUCAAAAUGUUCCAGGAAACCAGCCUCUGUCUAUUGACACUGGCCUGAGCAAUACCCGCUCGGUUCCUACGACCCCAGCAAGCACUCCUCCCGGCGCUGUUCAGCAAGGCAUGUCUUAUCAGACAGCCCAAAGCUACGAUAGCUCAAGACCGAUGUACUCGGCCCCCCCAUCUCAGCCGUCGCAGUAUCAUACACAACCGCAGCAGAUGAUGGGUUACCCCAAGACGGAAAUGGCGCCUCCUGCCCGCGCUCCUGAGCAAGGCGACGUCAAACCUGCGGAGGGCAUGAUGGCUCAGUCGGACGAGCAAGUGAAUCAUGCCACGGGCGGAGACGAGGGAGAUCACGACCAUGAAAAUGAGUACACUCAUACGAACGCGCCUUACAAUGGCCAACGACCCUCGUAUGCGUAUAAUUCAGGCCCUGCGCCAGGAUCAAUCCCGGGCGACCACCCUCAUUUGUCGCCAGAGAUGACGGGUUCGCCCCACCAGAAUGGUUCUGGUCGUGCUACUCCCCGCACGGCAACCACGGGCCAAACCCAGUGGACAUCAGGUUACCCGACUCCCCAGCGAGGACCCGCUCCUUCGAGCAACCUCUACAAUGUCAUGAGUGACACUCGUACUACGAAUGGCAAUGCACCCCCGGAGGCAUACCAACCUCCUGGAGGCGUACCCCAAUACCCAAGCCAAGCGUACGCUGCCUCCAACGGCGUCCCUACAUCCAACAAGCGUGGCCGCGAGGACGACGAUCAAGACCCAUACGGCCGCCCCGGUAGCGUCCAGGGAGACGAUAUUGACGGCCUCAAACGUCGAAAGACGAUGGAUGGCGGAGCCGUUGGCGGUUCACCCUAUAAUCAAGAUCCUAAUGCUGGGCUCCAGCGCGCCCGCUCCACAAUGGCGCCACGCGCUCGGAGGUAG